CUUCUCCGUUUCCCUUUUCUUCUUAUAUAAAACGGCCGCCAAAACUCCCCCCCGCCGCCGAUUCCUCCAUUUUCCGGCAACCUUCCGUCCGCCUCCACGGCCAUUCUCUCCACCGGCGGCGGCCUCUUACAAGAACUUUCCGAUUCCUUAUCAGAUUGAGAAAAUAAACCGGUCUGUAAACCGGCAAUGCGGAAUUGAAGUCUACUGUAUAGUGGAUAGUGGAUACAAUUGAUCAUUCAUCCUUCCGAAAUUCACAUAUAUAUGAAGAUCUCAGACUCCUUUUUCCGAUUACUAUUGGCGUUAUUUAUCUUAUUUGCUGGAAAAGUUCCAUCGGAAGUUGAAUCAUUCACCGGAACUUAUGGAAUAAAUUAUGGUAGAAUUGCAAACAACAUUCCUUCUCCUGAUGAAGUCGUUAAGCUUCUUCGGUCUGUCAAGAUUAAGAACGUGAGAAUAUACGAUGCUGAUCAUAGCGUUUUGAAAGCUUUUAGUAAAACAGGACUUGAAAUAGUUGUUGGACUUCCAAAUGGAAACUUGAAAGAUAUGAAUUCAAACCCUGAUCAUGCUCUAACUUGGGUUAAAGAUAAUGUAUUAGCAUUCCUUCCAGAUACCCAUAUUCGUGGGAUUGCAAUUGGAAAUGAAGUUCUUGGUGGGGCAGAUCAAUCACUUUGGGAAGUAUUGUUAGGUGCUGCGAAGAACAUUCAUAACGCUACGAAAACCCUGAAAAUCGACGAUGUAAUUCAGAUAACAACAGCCCAUUCGAUGUUGGUUUUCAAUAACUCGUAUCCACCUUCUUCCUGCACAUUCAAUGACAAUAUCAUACAAUACAUGAAACCGCUCCUGGAAUUCUUUUCCAAUAACGGCGCUCCAUUUUGUCUAAAUGCUUAUCCUUUUCUGGCAUACAUGGAUAACCCGAAUGAUAUUGACAUAAAUUAUGCGCUUUUUCAGACAACAGAUGGUAUCUAUGAUGAGAAAAGUAAACUUCAUUAUGAUAAUAUGCUUGAUGCCAUAACUGAUGCAGCUUAUACUGCUUUGGAGAAUGCUGAAUUCAGAAAGAUGGAAGUUAUAGUUACUGAAACUGGUUGGGCUUCUCAUGGCGAUCAAAACGAAGCUGCUGCGAAUGGAACUAAUGCUAAAAUCUACAAUUAUAAUUUGCGGAAAAGACUGGCAAAAAGAAAAGGAACACCUUUGAGACCGAAAAAGAUGUUGAAGGUGUAUGUUUUUGCUCUGUUUAAUGAGAAUUUGAAGGAUGGACCAACUUCUGAAAGAAACUUUGGAUUGUUUAAAGCUGAUGGGAAUAUCUCUUAUGAUAUUGGAUUUUCGGGAUUGAAAUCAUCUUCUUCUCUAUCGACAAACUUCCGAUGGAUGGUGUACUGCUCUGUAUUGAUCAGCAUUCUCUUGUUGAUCUUAUAAUAUUAAAAUGUAUACAGAAUUCAGAAAACAGGACUUUUUUUCUUUGAUAGUCUUCUUAUAACUGUGAAAAAAAAAAACCUAAUGUGGUGGUGGUGAUUAUUAUAAUAAUAUUUGCAGUAGUUGGGACGA